AUGUCUUUACAAAGCAUUAUAUUCGAAAAAUCUGAUAGAACUAACGUUUUGGUGCAGGUAUUGGAUCAGUUAUUACUUCCUUACACAAGCAAGUAUGUACCAAUCUACACCAUUGAUGACGGUUAUACGGUGAUCAAAAAUAUGCAAGUCAGAGGGGCUCCUGCUAUUGCAAUGGUCGGUGCACUUUCUGUAUUAUUAGAAACUCAAUUAUUGACCAAUAAAAAUUUUACUGCAACCCAGUUUUUCUACGAUGUUUCCAGCUGGGCACCCAUCAGAACGAGAUUAACUGAAAGAUUAGAGUUUCUUUUGAGUAGUAGACCUACUGCAGUUAACUUAUCCAAUGCUUUAAAGGACAUUUCCUCAAUUUUACAUAACUGCGAAGACCUUACUUCGUUUAACAGUGAGGUUUUCGACUACACAUGCAAAUUAUUGGAUGAAGAUUCAACUAAUAAUAAGAAAAUGGGAGAUAAUGGAGCAGAAUACCUUUUGAAAAGUUUAGAAAUGGAAAAUUUUGCAGAGGAUUUCGCAGUCUUAACAAUUUGCAAUACAGGAUCAUUAGCCACAGCAGGAUAUGGUACAGCUUUGGGUGUUAUUCGUUCAUUGUGGAAGGAUUCUGUAGCUAAGACUGAUUUAUCACAAAGCCCAAAAAAAAUCAAGAGUGGUAAACCUAGAUUGGCACAUGUGUAUCCACUAGAGACAAGACCUUAUAACCAAGGAUCACGUCUCACCGCUUACGAACUGGUCCAUGAUGAGAUUCCAUGUACUUUAAUUACAGACAGUUCUAUUGCUUAUAGAAUAAAGACGAGUGAUGUCCCCAUCAAAGCUGCUUUUGUUGGGGCCGAUAGAAUUGUCCGUAAUGGUGAUACCGCUAAUAAAAUAGGAACAUAUCAACUAUCCAUCCUCUGUAAGCAGUUUGGUAUAAAGUUCUUUGUCGUUGCUCCAAAAACUACUAUUGAUAGUGUCACAGAAACAGGUGACGGUAUCAUUGUUGAAGAACGUAAGCCAGAAGAAUUCAAGCUAGUUACAGGUACGCUGAUCGAUAAUAAUGGAGGUAUAAUGAGACCUGCAAUGAAUGAAAACAAUGAGCCAAUUAACGCCCAAGUAGGCAUUGCACCACCAAACGCUCAGGUAUGGAACCCAUCUUUUGAUGUUACACCACAUGAGUUCAUUGAUGGUAUCGUGACAGAAGAGGGCGUUUUCGUUAAGAACUCUCAAGGAAACUUCGAUUUACAGGCUCUCUUUUAG